AGUCGACCACCCCCCCCACCCCUUUGACCUCUCCCGUGACGCUCCGCCCAUUGGCCUGCUAGGUUCCGGUCUCUCGGUUGCCAUGGCGGCGGCUGCUGGCAGCCCCGGUGUGGCCUAUGAAUGCAAUAUCUGCCUGGAGACCGCACGGGAGCCGGUGGUCAGUGUGUGCGGCCACUUAUACUGCUGGCCUUGUCUUCAUCAGUGGUUGGAGACGAGGCCGGAGCGCCAGGAAUGUCCAGUGUGUAAGGCCUGCAUCAGUCGAGACAAUGUGAUCCCAAUAUAUGGCAGAGGGGGCACUAACCAGCAAGACCCCAGGUUGAAGACCCCACCGCGACCCCAGGGACAGAGGCCUGAACCAGAGAACAGAGCAGGAGGGGGGGUCCCCGGGUUCACGGACACUGGCUUCCACAUGUCUUUUGGCAUCGGAGCUUUCCCUUUUGGCUUUUUUACUACAGUCUUUAACACCAAUGACUUCCAGUCAGCACCACGAGCAGACACUGGGCUCCCCCAAGGCAGGAUGUUCGGAUUAUUUGACUCUCUCUUUCUCAUCAUUGCUGCCUUCUUCUUCCUCUGGUUAAUCAGCGUGUGAGGCUCUGGUGCUGCUCGUCCACUGGGGGUCUUUACUCUUAAAACUUCAGCCACCGGAGAGUCUGCAGUGGGCCGCGCCUCAUCCUGUCCUGUCAAACACUCCUCUUUUUUUAAUAUCAUUAAUAUACAUUACUCCAAAUUCAUUGUCAUUUUUUCUACGGGCACUUUAUGUAAAUCCACUCCGGUGCCGCGUCACGUCUGUAACCGUUAAACUUUUUCUACAUUUGUAAUUCUCCUCGUUUUCCUUUUGCACACUGUAAAAUGCUCCUUGGUGACAGCUGAGGAAAUCUGGAACUACCAUAUAUAGAGAUGUAACGUUCUAAAUCUUGGAUAUGACCGAAUUGGUUUCUCUGUAAUCUUUCAGAUCUCUUCUAUAAAAUUUCAUUGUACAACGUCUCAGGUCGCUGCAAAAUGUCACUCUUCGCUAAGGUCCAAGGCGUCGACUAAUGGGAAAAUAAAAUGGUCAUUUAAAGGGAGGCCAGAUGGAUAUAUUCUCUGGGAAAAAUUGGAUAUAUUCCCCAAAGCUGUCAUAGUUUUCCAUGGCUUAAGAAAAGAACCAGUGUUCCUGUAUGACAUACUGUAGACUGUUUUGUGCAGUACCCAUUUGUGUUGGCAGGAGGCGCUGCUGGUCCUAGUAAAAUACACAAAUUGGCGGCAGACCUUUACAUAAACGCAUCCUUCCUUUUGACGCACAGUGAAGGGUCAACAAUGUGGUGGCAGCAAAUAUUUUAUCGGAUGAUCUUCCUGUGAAUACAAGUGAUGGUUUGUUAGUAAAUGAUGUCUGCAUGCUGGUUUUUCCAGCAAUUCCUGGAGAGACUAACUGUGAGGCAUUGCUAUAAGCUACUGAAUAAAAAGAAUACAUAGGGGAAGAUUUAUCAAAGCGUGGAGAGAGAUAAAGUGUCAACCAAUCGGCUCCAAGUUACAGGCUGUGUUUGAAAAAUAACAGGAGCUGAUUGGUUGGUGCUUUAGCUCUCUCCAUGUUUGAUACUUCUCCCCAAUAUUUUCUUAAACUGUGUCCGGUUCCGCCGAGAGAAGCUGCAACCGCCUCCGGUAGAAUGCAGUGUCCCUCAACGCCACUACGAGAGGUCAAAAAUAUAACUGCUUGGACGUGAUCAGGACUGAAAGAAAACUGUGGAUCCAUUUAUAUCGGACUUCGUAAGGGCUGUAUUCAGUCAGUGACACUCAAUAUAAACAAAAAAGAUAAUUAUAUAUAGGCAAAAUUUAUAUUGGUAAGGCAUGGUACAUUUUCCUUAUGAAAACGUGAUGUCAUCUGGUGACCUGGCUGCUACAGUUACAGUCUCACCGCACAUGUGAUAUAAAAGUGCUGAGCAAAAAGCAGCGGCUUCCUUUCUGCUUAAGGUUUAUAUUACAGUCACCAUCCAUUUGCAUGUUAUCCAUCUGGUGCUGUUUGAGAAGCUUGGCGUCGGCAGUGAUCUUCUCCGACGAUAGGCAGCUAGGUCCAUGUGACGAUGUCUAUUUUCUGCUCUGACGUGAAGCGGCCGAGAGAAUGACAGUCUUGUGUCUUAGAUCUGGGGUUUCCUCUCCUCUGACCUCACAGGCUCUCAGGAGUGCUCAAUUCUAACACUAUCCCUCCCCCAAAAUAAUUGUCCCAGAGGACAGCUCUCUCCACCUUCACUCCUGGAUAUCACACUGGAGCAGUCUUAAUGAUUCAAGAUCAUCAAGCAAAGUAUAAUUAUUGCUGAAGGCUUCGCGUAUUGUACAGUCAAUAAAAUGUAACCGAUUCACAA